AUGGGUAUAGCUGAAGCUGCUCCACCUCCCGAGGAGUACCCUCCCAUCGUCAAAGGCGCCUCCCUCCUCAUCGCCUAUCAACUCAAGAAUCGCCGUGUGCUCCUUAUCGGCGGCGGAGUCGUAGCUUCUGGGCGUCUCUUCUUCCUCCUCGAGUCUGGUGCCCACGUCACUAUCGUCGCCCCCUCCCCUCUUGAGCCCUCCAUCGCUCACCGCCUUACCACCAAUGCCGACGACAUCACAUGGCACGACCGGGACUAUACGGGUCGAUCCGACCCCAUCAUCGUCGAUGACUUUGUCAUGGUCCUCACUGCCAUCGACAACAAUCCACUCAGUCGGGAAGUCUGCUAUAUGGCACGGGAGAAACAUAUCCCGGUGAACGUAGCGGAUGUCCCGCCAGAGUGCGACUUUUACUUUGGGGCGCAACUCAGGAGGGGACCGCUGCAGGUCAUGGUGUCCACGCAGGGACAAGGACCGAAGAUCGGGGCGAUGGUGCGGGAUAGAGUCAUUGCAGCGCUGCCGGAAAAUGUCGAGGAGGCUAUCGCGGGUGUAGGGGAACUACGAGGGGAGUUGAGGAAGCGGGCGCCCGGAGUGGGCGGCGAGCUGGGACAGCAGCGGAUGGCGUGGAUGAUUGGGAUGUGCGACUCGUGGAGUCUGGAUCUGAUGGGUGACUUCAGGUCAGAAGCGCUCAGGAACAGGGUGCUGGAGGAGGGAUGGGAGAAGGGGAAGAAGGUGGUCGGACCGAACGAUGUGGGACAGUGCCCGUCGCUUUGGGCAGAGAGGGUGAUAGGGGAGUACUGCAGCCGGCUCGGGGGAUGGGCGACUGUAUGCGGGUUCUUGGGAGGAAUCACGGUCGGAUACUCAUAA